CUACCUACCUUACGCAAUUCUGCGGGACCCAUCGUGCAAUUUUUACCAAAUUUUGCUGAUCGUUUCGCCUCUCUCCCUCACCCUAUAUAUUCCCAACAAACUUAUUCACCUUCCUCCUUUCCUCAUUCCCACUGUCUACUCAGUAGGGGAAGCUCCCUCCAAAGGUGCCUUCAAGCUUCUUAGCCCUCAUUUUCCUAUCGAAGUGUCCCUCCUAAAAAAGGUGUUUCAAUUUUGCUUCAUCGGAACAUAGGCAAUUCAGCAAACAGAAAUCUGUGAUAUCUAGACCAUGAAUUCCAGGAGAGAUGUCCGCAACAAUAGAGCUGCUCUUUUUGAUGGAAUUGAAGAGGGUGGCAUCAGGGCCUCAUCUUCUUAUUCCCAUGAAAUUGAUGAGCAAGAUAAUGAAAGAGCUGUGGAAGGAUUGCAAGAUCGAGUCAAUCUUCUGAAGAGAUUGUCGGGUGAUAUACAUGAGGAGGUGGAGACUCAUAAUCACAUGCUGGACAGAAUGGGCAAUGACAUGGAUUCAUCCAGGGGUGUCCUAUCAGGAACUAUGGAUCGAUUUAAGAUGGUUUUUGAGACGAAAUCAAGCCGGAGAAUGUUUACCCUUGUGGCUUCCUUUGUUGUCAUAUUCCUUAUUGUAUACUAUCUGACAAGGUAAUCAAUAUAAGUUGAUGAUACUGUUGCUAUUGUCAUGUUAGAACCGGAUCCUUUUAUGUGGUUACUGUAAUCAAUGGUACUUCCUGUUUGUGAGAUAUUCAGGCAUGUUUAUAAACUUUAUAUAAAGAUGUUGAAAUA